AUGAGUUUUAGAGGCGGUUUCAGAGGCGGUCGUGGAGGUUCCAGAGGAGGUUUCGGUGGCCGUGGUGGUGCCAGAGGUGGCAGACCAAUCCAGCAAGGUCCACCAGACACUGUGCUAGAGAUGGGUGAGUUUAUGCAUCCAUGUGAGGGCGAUGUUGUGUGCAGGUCUAUAAAUACCAAGGUGCCAUACUUCAAUGCCCCAAUAUAUCUAGAGAACAAGACUCAGGUCGGUAAGGUGGACGAGAUUCUAGGUCCAUUGAACGAAGUCUAUUUCACAAUCAAGUGUGGCGAAGGUGUCCAAGCGACAAGUUUCAAAGAAGGUGACAAGUUCUACAUUGCCCCAGACAAACUACUGCCAAUUGAGAGAUUCAUUCCUAAGCCAAAGGUAGCCGGCCCACCAAAACCAAAGAACAAGAAGAAGAGAUCUGGUGCACCAGCUGGUAGAGGCGGUGCUAGAGGUGGAUUCGGUGGCCGUGGUGGCUCCAGAGGUGGCUUCGGUGGUCGUGGUGGCUCCAGAGGUGGCUUCGGUGGCCGUGGUGGUUCCAGAGGUGGCUUCGGUGGCCGUGGUGGUUCCAGAGGUGGCUUCGGUGGUCGUGGCGGCUCCAGAGGUGGCUUUGGUGGUCGUGGCGGUUCCAGAGGUGGUUUUGGUGGCCGUGGUGGUAGAAGUUAG